AUGGCCACACUGCAGUCUAUAGACGGCAACGGCUGUUCUUCUGAACUUUACUAUGACACAGCUACUGAUGCAGAAAUCGUAGCUUACUGCUCCAAUCCACCUUCGACAACAUUAGAAGCCAUCCAUUUGGGCAAGUACAGCAACACAGUUAUUCCUAUUUGCUACCAAGCAGUGGUCAAAUAUGGCCCUGGCGUCAAAAUCGAGGAAUAUACGAACCUCCAAAAGGCCUACCAACUACUCGAUCCGUCUAUAGUGCGUGUGCCGCAGCCAUACCGCUUCUUCCAGGACGGCGCACUCGGAUACCUGGUCAUGGAAUACAUGGAAGGCACCGUAAUAGAAGAACUUACGGCUUCUCAUAUUACCAAAGUUGGCCAAGCUCUCUCCCAUUUCUCCUCCUUCCAAAGUUACCAGCCUGGCCCUCUUGGUGGUGGUGGUGGUGUGUCACGUGGCCUACUGUGGAGCGAGGGCACUACGACAGAGUACUCGCUAUGUGGCUCUAUCGAGAAGCUCGAGCAUUGGUUUAAUCGGCGGAUCGAGCACGAUGGCCUUAGACUGUCGUUUAAAGAGUGCAGCUUCGUAUUUUGCCACCUGGACAUUACACCCCGAAACAUCCUUUAG